CUUCAUGCAUGCCUUUAACGCCACCCUCAUUCCACCCAGGUAUUACUAAUACGCCUAGUACACCGCCAUCAAGAGUCAUAAGUAGUGGAGGUGAAUCUACUGAUACAUACCAAUCAUCCGACAUUAUGCAAGACAAUAACCAUGGCCCAACCACAUCCCCAGCUUCAUCAUUAGCAUCAUCGCCAAUAAUCAAACCAAGAAGAGCCAAAUCAUUGGAUGAAAUUGAUGCUGAUAAUAUCUUUAAAGAGUUUGAUUGUGAUCAAGACAUGUUACGAUUUAACCGAUUGAAACAUUUCAUUAGUCUAAACCAUCUUCCACUGAAGCAAGAAGAGCAUGAUUCAGAUGAUCUGACCAACAUCGAUUAUAGCAAUUACGACAUGGUUUCUGUAUGUUCCGACAUGUCAUAUUAUUCUCCUGAAAAACAAGAAAAUGGAGACGACGAAGAUAGAAUUCUGUUUGAUGAUUUCAGUAAAUUCUUGCGAAAUUCCCGAGUGGAAUUAAACAAGGAUAUCAGGGAAGCAUUUCCACAUUUAAUAGCACCACCACACACAUCAACCAAAUUCCACAAUCCUAGUGAAAAUGUUCAUCGCGUUGCCCCGUCACUAAGCACAGAUUCAAAAGAUGUGGAAACUUCAAUCAGGGCUGAGCAUCAGCAAGAUCCCAAGGAAUUGUUAAAUCGAGUCAUUUCUUAUUCACAAUUACCAAUGACACCACCGGCUGGUUUAAGUUAUCAGCGACGUUAUUCCAUGUCGUCACCUACUCCUAAGCAUUCACGAAAAUCUCAACAAUUUACGUCACCUAGAAGACCACCCCUUAAGCAUUCAAAUAAUAAAACAAAACCUCAUAGUUACUCAUCACCUACUCGAUUACCGAAACAGAAAUCUUAUUCAUCACCAACUAGGUUUCUCAAGCAUUCGCCACCGCGUGACAAAUCAAUAACGGAAAGUUUUCUCGAGUUGAUCCAAGCGAAAACUUCAUUAGCAUUACCAUUGAUUGCCUCACCGUCAAAACCACAACCGACACAGCCACAAACACAACCUACUUCAAUCAAACAAAUGUGUCUUUUGCGAGAUUUACAGAAUAAAUCAAAACUACAUCGCACUAGUCCAAUACGAGCCGUAAAUGACCGUCAAAUUAAACGAAUGCCUAGCAGACCAGAUGCAUUGUCAUUGAAAAGAAAGCCGAAAUCUGAUGGGUUAAUCAUUGGAAAGAAUACCAUACACGUUGUUGAUCGAAGUGGUGAUGUUUUUAAACAGCCGGUUAUUGUACGGACAUAUAAUGAAAGAGCUUUGAAAGAAGCUUUAUCUGCUAGUUUAUUUAACUAACAUAAUACCCAAACAUAAAAGGUGAUUCCAUUUUGUUGUUUUAAACUUUUAUAUUUACUACCUGGUUUUUAGAACUCAGGAUCCCAAAUUCUUGCAUUUAGAUAAUAUACAUAGAAAAAUUAAUCAAAGCCUGUACUUUUGAAUAAACUGCUACUUCGUGAGUUAUCAAGACUCUUUGCUAUUUGCUUUUCCUUCAAACUCUUGGUUUGCUUCUUGCUAGCAUUAUUCUUUUGCAUGUAUGUAAUUGAAGCCUUUAAUCCAGAUACAGAUUUAUAUUGCUUGCUGAUAGUAACUCCCGAGAAAGUAGAUUUGCCAAAUGAAGUAGUUUGAUUUUCUUGUUGAAACGAUUUAAAAGAUUUUAUAAUGGAUGGUUUCUUGAACGCUGGCAUAAACUCAUCAUCAUCAUCAGUGUCUGCAUCAGUUACUUGCUGACUAUCUCUUUUGUUAUUCUCGCUGCUGAGAACAGUGGAUACAGAUCUAGUUAAGUUAUUCAUACUCUUUGUCUUUAAUGUUUGAAUAUCCUCUACGUCGUCAUCAUCAUCGUAACCAUAUUGAAUGUUUGAGAUCCUUUGCAAUUCCACAUAAUCAUCAUCUUGGUGGCUCUUGUUAAGAAAUGAUAAUUGCCGUUGAACAAAUGAUUCAUCGACGGUUUUCUUACCAUCAACUGCAACCUCUUCCCCAUCGUCAUCAUCGUCGAUUUUAAUUUGUGAUGUAGACUCUUGGAUAGAUUCAAAGAAUGGUCUUGAUCGCUCAUUCUUUUCCAAUUCAACCAAUUUCUUAUUCAGCAAUAAUCGCUGUUGUUGUUCUUGCAACUUUUGCCUUCUGUAGGCUGCCAACAAUUGAUCUUCUUCAUCACUUAAAUCAAUAUCGAAUCCAUUCCCAUUAAUACCACGUUUAUUCAAUCUAUGGUUUUUGAUAUCAUCCAAUAACUUCUCCAAUUCUUUUUGGUCCUUGAUUUGGUAAUCUUCCAUAAACUUCUUUCUAACCUCUUCAUCAUUUAAAUCAAUAUUGAAAUUAUUAUCAAUCAUUCGUUCAUCUUCAGAAUUAGCCUGGUCGGAC